UGAUAAUCUUGUCAUUGAUAGAGUUGCUUACAUAUCAAUGUUGGUUGCAUUUACUCACAAAUUGCAAUGCCUUUAAUGUAUGUCGUUAGCUGUAUUACUUUGCUUGUGCGUCAUGCAAAAGAAUUGUAAAAUAUACAAUACUGUAGUUUUGUUACUGUUUCUAGUGUAAUAUGCUUUGUUAUUCUACAUAAAUGGUUGUACAUUAUUAGAGUAAUGAAAGGAGCCAGUUACCAUAUGAGUAACAAUUAGCUAUAUGGUUUGGCAUCAUGCCAGAUGCAUGGUACCUUAGCAUGUGCUUUGUAUUUAUGCAACUUCAAAUGUAUAAUGUACAUGUAUUAUGUCGGUGUGAAUUGAAUACUAAAGUAUAUUAUUUUCUGUAUUUUGCAGUUUCACAACAUAAACGUUUUCAAUAUAUUCAUUCAAGAAAAGUCACGCCGUGGGAGUUUUAUUGAAGACUUAGUUGUUAGCUAUCUGUCUAGUUUUGCAUGGGAACGCAACUCAAGGGCAGAAUACCAAUACAUAUUAACAAAGGGGUGUACAGUUGGUUUUGAUAUUUCAUAUUUACAAUUAUGUAAGAUUUAGGAAUCAUAGUUAUUCAUGCAACCAACAUAACAUUGUUGGGUACAAUUAUAUUGACAUUGUUACCCUGCUUUUAUAUCCAACAGCAUGCCUAUGGAGAAGCGAGAGAAGCUCCGCAGUGAGGUGGAAAGUUACUACGGAUAUUGCAAGAGUUGGUUGCUGAUUGUCUCAAGGGUGGGCAGUCAACAAGUUUUGCGUUUAGCUAGUGCGUUGCCAUGGAUCACAAUUUAUUUUGACUGCACGUUUUUCCGUAUUGGAGGCAAGGUUUUUGGGGGCUCUUUCCAAGGGGACGAGAGUUCUAGAAGCUAAAGAGGACGUCUGCUGGACUGAGAAAGACGCUCUCGUCAAAGAGGAGGAGGAAGAGGAGGCUGUGACAAUACAAAAUCAAGUAGAGGAUGAGGCUGUUACCGUGAAAGAAGAAGAGAAAGAUGCGUUCAGAGUGAAAGAGGAGGAGGAUGUUACAGUAAAAGAAGAGGAGGAAGCCGUUUUUCGAGUGGAGGAGGUUACUGCGACAGUGAAAGAAGAUGACCACGUUUUUUUAAUGAAGGAUGAAGAGGGGGAGAUUACUGUCACAUUAGAGGAGGACGAAGAAGAGAAGACUGGAGUUCUGAUUAACACCAGUAAAUACCGAGAGAGACGGGACUACCGUGGGUCCUCUGGGGAGCCUCAACAACCUCAUGAUGCUGACAAAGCAGAGAAGACUCUCUCCAGAUCAGAACACGUCAAGAAACCCCAGCAGAGAUCCACAGGGAAGAGAACUCACUGCUGCUCUGACUGUGGGAAGAGAUUCACCACCUCAUCAGGCAUUAAAAUUCAUCAGAGAAUCCACACAGGAGAGAAACCUCACGGCUGUGAUCAAUGUGGGAAGAGUUUUACUCAGCUAAGCAGCCUGAUAUUGCACCAGAGAACACACACAGGCGUGAAACCGUACAGCUGUGAUGAAUGUGGGAAGAGUUUUACUCAGCUAAGCAGCCUGAUAUCACACCAGAGAACACACACAGGCGAGAAACCUUAUAGCUGUUCUGAAUGUGGGAAGAGUUUUACUCAGCUAAGCAGCCUGAUAUCACACCAGAGAACACACACAGGAGAGAAACCUUAUAGCUGUGAUGAAUGUGGGAAGAUGUUUACUAGGUCUAGCAAUCUGACUCUACACCAGAGAAUACAUACAGGAGAGAAACCUUUCAGCUGUACUCAAUGUGGGAAGAGUUUUACUAAGCUAAGCAACCUCAUAUCACACCAGAGAAUACACACAGGAGAGAAACCCUAUAGCUGUGAUCAAUGUGGGAAGAGUUUUGUUCAAUCUAGCUAUCUGAAGAUACACCAGAGAAGACACACAGGAGAUAAACCUUUUAACUGUACUCAAUGUGGGAAGAGUUUUAUUUUAUCUAGCCUUCUGACAGUACACCAGAGAACACACACAGGAGAGAAAUCUUAUAGCUGUAAUCAAUGUGUGAAGAGUUUUGCUACAUCUGGGCAGCUGACAAUACACCAGAGAACACACACACAAUAGAAAUCCUUUAGCUCUAAUUGACGUGGGAAGAGUUUUACUCUGUUAAACAGCCUGGUACGACACCAGAGAACACACAGGAGAGAAAUAUCUUAGCUGUAAUCAAUGUGGGAAGAGAUACUCUGAUAAAAGUUAUCUGAUCAAACAUCAGAAAAUACAUGGAGUUGUUUCAUGAUAUCAAUGAAAUCAUGUCACAAUGUAGAAUGUUUUACAUUGUAGUAGGAGUAUUUUAAUGAUGUCACAAUGUAGAAGCCUAAAUGUUUGCCCCUUUAUCAAUUGAUUUCAACAUGAUAUAGAUAUUAGCCUCAGGGGAAAAAUCCAGGCUCAGAAUUGAAAGUUGAGUUGUGUUACACUUACCACGUUGAUGACCGACUUGAAUCAAAAUGCAACACUCCAAAAUGUAGCUAGCUGUUUUCUUCAAAUUGUCCUCUAUCCAGUGAUGUACACAUUACUCCCAGAUUCCAUGGGGUUUUUGAGCUGUUAGUUUUAACAGGACUUGCAACCUCAUCUCCCUCCUUUCGCAGUUGAUUUCAACAUGAUAUCGAUGAGUUAUGACACAUGAGUGUUGCAUUCCUUUGUUUAGCGACCCCUAAAUGAAAAUGCAUCACUCAAAUGUAGCUGAAUGUCUUCUGCAGGUUGUGCUCUAACCAGUGAGGUAAAAGAUAUCUCAAAUGUCCAUGUGUUUUUUAGUUGUGUUAGUUUCAACAGCACGUACAACCUAGUCGAUAUUAGUGAUGUAUUGCUACUUUUUCAAAACAACGUUUCUGGUGCUUGUGCAGUUUAUAUGGUGCUUGUUUAAACAAAUACAAGUAAUAUGAUUAUUGUGGCAGAUGUUUGUGGAUAUUGCACAUUUUAUGUUUAGGUUUUCAAUUUAUCCCAAACUGUUUCUGCAUAUUAGUUAUUGAUUUGGACAGGUUAAAACUGUGGUUUGACAUCGGGAUAUCCCUCCUAGCAAAAUGUCAUUGAAAAGAUGUUGAAAAGAAGACUAUGCCCGAAAUAUGUAUUUUCGGGUAGUUUUUUCAAUGACUUGAAAAUAACUUAAUUUCAAUUUACUUGCAGGUAACCUAGUG